UCCCUGCACAAUCCGGAACUUCUCCUUUCCGGGUUGUUGAAGUCGUUAGAUGUAUUGGCGCCGUGCGAAGCAGUUCCCCCACACCGUUACUUUAUCUGUGCGGAGGAACAACACAGUCCACAAUGAGGCUGAUCCAUUGCUGCACUGCUUUGCUGCUGCUCGUCCUCAUUCCCAGAGCCUGUCAAGGUGGCAACAUCUUGGUCUUUCCCAUUGAGGGCAGCCACUGGAUAAACAUGGAUAUCCUACUUCAAGCUUUGCACGCAAGAGGACACAAUAUAACUCUUCUGCGUUCCAGCAAAAGCUGGUACAUCAAGGAUAAAGCCUCUUAUUACAGUACUUAUACAGUUCAGGUGGAGCGGAGCUUAGAUCAGAAGUUCAUUACAGAACUCAUAUCCAAGGUCAUUAAAUUUGACAGGGGGGCUCUUCCCUUGAUGAGUUUUCUCCACAUUACUGUAGGAAUGUUGGGCACGUUUGUUGAAGCUCAUGGGGCCAUAGCUGAAUAUGUAUCAGCAAUGCUAGAUGACCAAGAGUUGAUGAGCAUCCUGAAAGACAGCAAGUUUGACCUGGUACUCACCGACCCCUGCUGGGGCGGUGGAGUCAUUUUGGCUAAAUAUUUGAACCUUCCUUUGGUUUAUAAUGUGCGGUGGCUAAUAGCUGGAGAGGGUCAUUUAGCCAUUGCUCCUUCACCUUUAUCAUACAUUCCUAUAACAGGAACUGGAUUCACGGAUAAGAUGACCUUUUUUCAAAGGGUUAAAAAUGUCAUGAUGCAUGUAAUUACCCAAACACAAAGUCAAAUGGUGAUUAAGUUAGUAUACCAGGAACUGUGUGACAAAUAUCUUGGGCCUGAUAAUGAAUUUAAUGAGUUAAUGCUUGAUGCAGACAUUUGGCUGAUGAGAGUGGACUUUGUGUUUGAGUUCCCUCGCCCCACUAUGCCUAACGUCGUCUAUAUGGGAGGGUUCCAGUGUAAACCUGCAAAACCUCUUCCUGAACACCUGGAGGAGUUCAUGCAGAGUUCUGGAGAGCAUGGAGUCAUCAUCAUGUCUCUGGGGACAUUUGUGACUGACCUUCCUGCUGACCUAACAAACUACAUCGCUGCAGCUUUUGCUAAAUUACCCCAGAAAGUUAUCUGGAGACAUAAAGGUGACAGGCCGGCCAGUGUGGGCAACAACACUUUAAUAGUAGACUGGAUGCCACAGAAUGACCUUUUAGGACAUCCCAAGAUGAAACUCUUUGUGGCUCAUGGAGGAACUAACGGAGUUCAAGAAGCUAUUUAUCACGGAGUCCCAGUUGUGGGUCUGCCCUUGUUUUUCGACCAAUACGACAACCUGCUGCGUCUUCAAGAGAGAGGAGCCGCUAAGAUUCUCUCCAUCAAAACAGUGGACCAAGACGACAACUUCCUGAGGGUCAUACAGGAAGUCCUGAAUGAGCCCUCCUACACAGUGAACAUGCAGAGACUCUCCAGGCUGCACAGAGAUCAGCCAAUAACACCGCUGGAGAACGCCCUCUUCUGGAUAGAGUUUGUCAUCAGACACAAAGGUGCAGCUCACCUGAAAGCAGCGUCCUACAGACUGCCCUGGUACUCCUACCACUCUGUUGAUGUGAUUUUGUUCCUGGCUGGAGCUGUGCUGCUCGUGCUUUUCACCACUGUCAUUUUCAUCAGGUGUUUAUAUACUACAAUGUGUAAACGUAAAGUGAAACGUGACUAAUCAUUCAAGGGAAAUACAUUUUGUAUUUUUUUCUAAAAGCAUCAAUAUCCAAACUGAUAGGGAGUGUAGUAUAAGAGAUCAAUGUAAGGUUGUAUUUGUAUGUACUGAACUGAUGUUAAGACCUUUUUUUAACCAAGACUACAAGUACUAGAAAUAAAUGUAAAUAUGAAUGUAAAUUGAGUUAUAUUUGUCCCAGUGGGAAUAUUUGUGACCUGUAUUUGACCUUUGUUCAGGGGCAAUGGCAGGACUGUCCCUAAUAUCUAAUGUCUUUAGGUAUUAUGAGAUAGCAGGGGCUCACAGUCAUAAAAAAGAGCCCACGUUUGGGGUUAAAACCUGCCUUUUAUCUAAGUUGUCAUUUCAUGUAACUAAAUGUAACUCUGUGAAAAACCAAUCACUGAAAGAGAUUUAACAGACGUUGAUUGUUUAGGUCUGAUUUAUCCUGGAAAAGAUAAAAAAUGUUUUCUUUUACACCUCCAGCCACUAGGUGGUGCAUCUUUCCCUUGACAUAACUGGUGUAGAUGUCCUUAAGAAGGUCAUUGCAAUCAGCCUCAGGUGUUGCUGCUUUGUGUGGAGUGAGAAAGCUACAGUUUUUGAAUGUGCUCCUGCCACACUUAGACACAGCUUUUUUUUUUUAAUUCCAAGUUUGUGGUUUGUACAUUUGAGAAGGAAAUAUUUGAAACUACUGGACCUGCAAAUGGUAAGCUGUGAGGAUAUAUACAAUAAAUCUGUUUGUUUAUCUUCAAAUUGGGUAUUUACUGUAGGCACAUGUCACUACCAAGUCUCACAGUAAUGUAGAUAACAACUACUGCACUCUAUUAUACCUGUUGUUGUAAAAGCAUGUUUUACUUUGUCCAAUAAACAUGUUUGCGAAGAGGUGGAGUUCACCUUAAGGGUGUGCACAGGACUGUGUGGGAACUAUGAUUAUAUAGGCGUGAUCACUGCCUGCCUUUUAUUACAAAUCCAAAGCUCAUAUUAGAGUAAUCUUAGGUCAAAGUGUUGUUUCAGAUUUCUUCAGUUCUAAUAUAAUAUCUUAUGUCAGUGUGACCGUGGUAAAGAAAACACUUUCCUGUAGAUUGCUGUGAAGCUUUGCCUCACUGCACUACAAUGAGUUCCUUAAAGAGUUAAUACUUCAGUGUAGUUAAGCUCAGCAGGACUGCUGUGAGGCAAAGGCCAGGCAGAUAUGUUACAUUAGGGGGAAAAAAAAACAGGAAGUGGUUUUAUCAGCCUCACUUGUUUGUCGACACUCCUGCUGCACAGUCCCGCCUAAACAACAUGCAGUAAGAGUCAAGUGAAGUUGAAAGGGAUUUAAUGUAAAUUUGCUAUUAAUAGACUUGUUUCUCUCAUGUUAGUGAUGUGUUAGUCACGUUUCACAUCAAUAACGUUCAGAAUCUUUCUAAAUCAGGUCCAUACUUUUGAGCAUUAUGUGCACAAGAAGACAUAUGUAAGAAAUUUAAUGUUAGAUUUUUCUGUACUACUGCUGUUUGAUAUAUAACACAUGCAGUAUAUUUAUGUGAGUUGUUAUUUUACAUUGAACUACUGGCAUUCACUGCUUGUGAGGUGUUUGUAUAAAUGUUUCUGCACGAAUGUCACACUUAAUGUGUCAUAGCAAAUGUGGUUAAGGUGUUAAACCAGUGUUCUUUUUUGGACUGCUCAAUCAGGUGGUAUUAUGUACCAUCCAAAUGACACUAUACUAUAUGUGGUGCAGAUACUGUUUAAAAUCCAUUGACAUAAAUAAAAAGAAACAAGUUUUCCACUA